AUCGAUCUGGACAGCCCAUACACCGCUCCCGUCGCUCCAGCCCGAGACGCUCGUGGUGGACCUUCGCUGCUGCCGUCUCCUGCUUGCUCGGUUGGAAGGAAUAUUCCACAAGACUCUCGGCGACUCUGUCGGCCCAAGUCCGCCUGGCAUCAAACUCUUCCCAAUGGAUAUCCAUGGCAUUCUCCACAACAACGCUUCGCCCGUAACCGCCCAAGGCCGUCCCGCCCUACCGUCGUCGUCGUUCGGAUCUUCACCCGAGGCUCUGUCGUCGCCGCUCGCCUCCAUGGUCUUCCCCAAAUCGGCAGCGACCGCAAUGGAUCUGGACUUGAUCACUUCUCCAUCGGCCCCAGCGACGGGCUUGAUGGCCCAGAACGGCAUCCCAAGACACUCCUCCGAGUUUGAUGCUGCCAACAGCUUCCGUGGCCAGGAGCGCUCAGGCAUCGAUCCACUUCAACCCGGGCGGCCUGGUCUUGGCUCGGAAUAUCUGCCGACUCAUUCAGAGCCCUCGCGGAUCGGAGGAGGAGGCCACGACGACGACCAUCCCUUGCCCUUAUUGCAGCCCAAGCUCAACAUUGCCUCGCUCCUGACGCACUCGGACCGCUCCCUCAAGACUGCUGACCCAAAACCUCCUUACCCUGAUCCAGCAACGACCGCGUGGCCUCUCCAUCAACGCAACGCAAGUCCGUGCCGACAGAGCCCAGAUCGUGGGCCCGGUCUACAUCCAGAUGCUGAACGGUCGGAUGCCAUGCAGACCGAUUCGCCUCGCUCGCAACACAGCCCGUCCCGGGAUCGACUCGAUCAAGACAGGCCGCUGUCGUCGUCAUCAGCACCAUCGUCAGCCUUGAACCCGCGAGGCUCUGUCGACUCGAGACAGCCUCCUCCAUCAACCAUACCCCGACGGCUGUCGAGCGAUGGUCUGAGCAUCAAGACGGCCACGCUGCACUGCUCGCCGCCCAAGAAGCGUCUCUCGAAGCAGUUCACCGACCCAUCUCUUCGUGGCGAUUCGGGCGAGAACGGCUCUCUGCCAAGCCCGACCAAAUCAGCGGUCGAUCUGGAGACACAAUCGCCCCCCAUACUCGGUGCUGAUCGGGGCGUCGAUGCGGAUGCCGCCAAGCCUAUGGGCACUGCUGCGGAUGCUGGCUGGGGAAGCAUCAAGCACGAAAGCACGCAGGACGGCCCACAACCGGCGGCGAAAGUAGAGAUGAGCAAGCGCAAGAGCAAUAGAGUAAGUGCGGGAUAUCGCUGCAGUGCAUAAACGCCCCCGUAUAUUCUCCGGUUCUGGAGCCGCUGUUGAUGUGCAACUCUUGCUAUUACUCUCUGGUUUGGCAUUUGACGCUGUGCCUUGCCAUGUGAAACCCACGCACUCCAUUGA